CGCUUCUGCGCCGCGCGGUGAUUCACUGCCUCCGUCGCCCCGGGGCCCCCUUCCCGGCCAGACGGCGGGCAAGACGGCUGGGUGUGCAGUGUCCUCGAACCUGCGAACAAGCGAGCAGAUCCUCCGUGCCUCUAGGGACUCCAGCCCACGCCAUGGCGGAUUCUGAGCGCCUUUCGGCCCCUGGCUGCUGGGCUGCCUGCACCAACUUCUUGCGCACCCCCAAAGGAAUUCUUCUGAUUGCUGAGAUUAUAUUAUGCCUGGUGAUUCUGAUUUGCUUCAGCACCUCCACAUCAGCAUACUCCUCUCUGUCAGUGGUUGAGAUGAUCCUUGCUGCUGUCUUCUUUGUCAUCUACAUGUGUGACCUGCACACCAAGAUACAGAUCAUCAACUGGCCUUGGAGUGAUUUCUUCCGAACCCUCAUAGCAGCCAUCCUCUACCUGAUCACCUCCAUUGUUGUUCUCGUUGAGAGAGGAAAUAACUCCAAAAUCAUCGCAGGGGUACUGGGCCUAAUCGCUACGUGCCUUUUUGGCUUUGAUGCCUAUGUCACCUUCCCCUUGAGGCAGCAAAGACAUACAGCAGCCCCUACUGACCCUGCAGAUGGCCCGGUAUAAGGUGUAGGUGAACUCUUCAUUUCUUUCUGCAACCUGCAAAUAACACCUCCAUUGAAAUGACUCCUCCCAGCCCCUACAACACUCCCAGCCAACACCCAGCCCCCUACUGAAGUACAAGUGCCUUUAUUGGGAGAAUUUGUCUUCCAGCCUGCCAGUCAACCCUCCUGGGUGUGGCCGCCUUUAUGGGUGUGCCUAGGUCCCCCUUCUGCAGUAUCUGAAAGGAGACACCAAUUCUGCAUGGACUAUGCCCCACCUAAGCCACAAACUGAGGGAGAAGAGUGCCUCAGAUUUUAGACUCCAGGCCCCAGGUUGUGACCCACUCCAAAUAACCUCACUGUGGGGGGCAGUUAUGUGGAGGGAUAAAUAUAAAUAAAUAAUAAACGGAUUGUUGGAAUA